AUGCUUCCGUCGUGGGAGGCUGCACUGCAUGAGCUUUCCAGCAGCACGUCCGCGACCAAUGAGAGUUCCCUUGUCGAAGUUGUCUCCCAUUUGUCGUGGAAUGAGCUGCCAUACAUUGUCUUCUCCAUUGGCAUGGUGUUUGGACCCCACAUUGGGUACGUAGUUCAGCUUUAUGAAAUGAGUUCUACCAGGAACGUGGAGGGGUACUCCCCACUGGUGUCGUUGAUUCUUCUAGUCAGUAACGAAAUACGCAUUGUGUACUUUGCUGGCCACCAUUUUGCGUUGGCGCUCCUGUUUCAGGCCAUAUUUGCCAUACUGGUGCACUCACUGCUCAUAGUUAUGGUGCUGCACCUCACCCAUUCCGUCCCUAGCUACCCGGGAAGCGGGGAGCCGAGGAACGAGGGGUUGGAGAAUGAAAUUGCCACGGCCAGGCCGCCCCCUGCGGACGCGGCGUCGCCGGCGAAUAGAGAGGAAACCGUCUUGGCGGAGACUUCCUCCCGCUCCAUCCUGGCAAGACUGGAUGACCAGGCCUGCCGUCUUGAGCAGGCGUUGCUGGCUUAUUCCGCUGCAGCUUUCCUCCUUCGAUGCGCCCUAUGGACGCUGAUCUUGUGCAUUGCGGCACUUUUUUACUACGCGGCGGUCGGACCUGUGUGGGAUGCGGCGCCGGAGGUCAUUGGCUACAUUGCGUUGGGCAUUGAGGCGCUACUUGUACUUCCACAGAUCCUUCACAACGACCGGCGACAGUCAACGCAGGGGCUUACCAUGGUGCUGGUGCUCACGUGGUUUCUGGGUGACAUAAUUAAGCUCAUUUACUUCAUCUGCGAUCACCAGCCGCUCCCGUUCAUUCUGUGCGGAGGUUUUCAGUUAUCCCUUGACCUCGUGGUCAUUUGGCAGGUCAUAUAUUUCCGCUUGCGGCGGAGGCCGCUGCGCGUGGACCCGACCCCAACAAAUUAUUUGUCCCAGACUGAGGUUGUCGAUUCAACGGAAUUUCCCCUGGCUGCAUGCAAUGUAUACCGGAAGCCACGAUAA